AUGACGACAGUUGGAAGUUUGGAACCGUUUGAUAUGGGACAGCCAAAUAAAUGGGGCUCAUAUUUGGAGCGAUUUAAAUUGUUCCUGCUUGCCAAUGAUGUCAAAGACGAGGGUCGCAAAAAAGCAUCUUUCCUCACAUUGGUCGGAGCACCAGUCUACGAUCUUUUGACAUCAUUGGCGUUUCCAAACCAGGUCAGUACAUUACCGUUAGACCAAAUUGAGAAGAUUCUAACUGAUCAUCUUUGUCCACGUCCAUCGGAAAUCGCGGCAUUUUAUCAUUUUCACAAACGUGAUCAACAUCCGGAUGAGACCGUCGGAAACUAUCUCGCAGCCCUGCGGGCAUUGGCAGUGGGUUGCAAUUUUGGAGCAGCCCGUGACAUAUUGCUUCACGAGGGGCUCAACAACCAUAUAAAGGAAAAGGACAACAAUGUGCGGGUUGUGCCGGUCCACACGGCCGGCAGCAAUGCCCUUAUCGUGAAGCAAUAUGUCACGGCUGUGGCCGGAAGGGCCAUCUUAAGCGUGUCUGCCGGAGUAAUGACUCGUCGAACGAUGUUCAUCCACCUGAAGAAACGUAUCACGGUACAGUUUAAUGGAAAAUCGUGUAAUUUUGAAGUGGAUUCUGGAUCUGACGUAACUAUGAUGACGUUGCGGACUUAUGAUCGUAUCUGGCCAACAAACAAGCCUAAGGUUUACAACUACGAUCCGUGGUUUAGUGACUACCAACACAACCCAAUCCAGAUACUAGGAGUUUUUGAUGUAUCAAUUCAUUACAACGGUCGUAAUAUUGAUAAUCUACUAGUCAUCGUCACUAAAAGCGGUUGUAGCGACCUUCUGGGUAUUAACUGGUUCGACCCACUAGGCAUCAGUAUCAAGGGCAUACAUUCAGUGGGCAGUGACGUACAGAUCGCAGGCAUUCUGAAUAAGUUCGAACACUUAUUCUCAACAGAACUUGGUUGUUACACUGGUCCGCCAGUCAUAUUAAACAUUGAUGCUACAGUGCCACCAGUGCGACUACCUCCAUGCCGAAUUCCAUAUGCUCUAAAGGGACUAGUCGAAGAGGAGCUGGAUCGCCAAUGCAAGCAAGGGAUUCUUAAACCUGUGGAGUAUUCAGAUUGGGCCACUCCUAUUGUACCAGUUAUCAAGAAGGACGGUUCAAUUCGUAUUUGCGGCGACUAUAAAUCAACUUUAAACAAAGCGGUUAAGCCGCACUGCCAUCAAAUACCGGCGAUCAACACUUUGCUGGCAUCUAUUGAAGGUGGAUCGAUUUUUGCCAAAAUUGAUCUGGCUCAAGCUUAUCAGCAGUUAGUAGUCGACGAGAACUCGUCUUUGCUGCAAACAAUCAGUACACAUAAGGGUGCAUUCAAAGUUACUCGAUUGCAAUUCGGCAUUUCAUCAGCACCAGGCAUUUUUCAAAGCUGUAUUGAGAAUGUGGUACAGAAUAUUUCCGGAGUCUUACCAUAUUUUGAUGACAUUCCGGACUGCGACUACAAAAGGACAAAUGCCAAUUCGGAGUACCAUUCGUUGAGUUUUUAG